AUGCAAUUGUCUACCCUCGCUAUCCUUGCUGCGGCUUACGGGAUGGUAGCUGUAAAAGAGACUCCUGUCGUGUCUAACUUAACAACAAGUCCCUUGAUUGGAGGGCCUGUACCAGGCUGGCGCAAGCUCCCCUCGCAAAGCGAGCCUCCGAAGAAGGGACUUGCACAUAAUGUCGGGGUGGUGGCUUGGAAGCGGGGGGUGGGAAAUGGCCACCGUCGCCUCUAA